GCUCACGGCCUUUUCCCUUGCUCGCGUGCCAGCUGUUUGAGCAGCACCUUGCGACCCCCAGCAUUCUCCGAGCACCUCCCAAACAGCUGGAUGACCUCCGACCUUCUCCCAUCUUCCAGAACUUCGAAAAAGACGCGUGGGAGUCCAGGCACAGCGGACAAGGAACAUCCAAGAAAUCUGAUUCCAGAGCUCUGCAAACAGUUUUACCAUUUGGGCUGGGUCACGGGCACUGGAGGAGGAAUUAGCUUGAAGCACGGCAAUGAAAUCUACAUUGCUCCAUCAGGAGUGCAAAAAGAACGAAUUCAGCCUGAAGACAUGUUUGUUUGUGACAUAAAUGAACAGGACAUCAGUGGACCUCCACCAUACAAGAAUCUAAGGAAAAGCCAGUGUACGCCUCUCUUUAUGAAUGCUUACACUAUGAGAGGAGCUGGAGCAGUGAUCCAUACUCAUUCUAAGGCUGCUGUGAUGGCCACCCUUCUCUUUCCAGGACGAGAGUUUAAAAUUACACAUCAGGAGAUGAUAAAAGGAAUCAGAAAGUGUACCUCUGGAGGAUAUUACAGAUAUGAUGAUAUGUUAGUGGUACCCAUUAUUGAGAAUACACCAGAGGAAAAGGACCUCAAAGAACGAAUGGCUCAAGCAAUGAAUGAAUACCCCGAUUCCUGUGCUGUGUUAGUCAGGCGCCAUGGGGUGUAUGUCUGGGGAGAAACAUGGGAGAAAGCUAAAACCAUGUGUGAGUGUUAUGACUACUUGUUUGAUAUUGCAGUAUCAAUGAAGAAAGUAGGCCUGGACCCAACCCAGCGUCCGGCUGGAGAAAAUGGAAUUCUGUAACUCAGGUUUUAAUUUUAUUCAGUGACUGAGCUGAAGUCCAAAUCAUGAAUUCAGGAGAAGGAGGAGGAGGCCAUCUGUGCUAUUUUUGUAAAUUUACUACAUGUCCACGUCAGACAUAUUUUGUUUUUAAUAUAUUGCCAAAUGCUAUUCACAAAGUAUGAAUUUGUUCUCAACUUAAUUCAGCAAAUGUUGAUUAUUUCUCUAUAUAUUGUUUUACUAAAACAUGCAACAUACUAGCAAGAAUGGAAAUAAAAAUAUUAUC